GUGUUCAUCAGGGUACUGGACAGCAACGACAACCCUCCGGUCUUCUCGCAGACCGCCUACGACGUCAGCGUGUCGGAGGACGUACCCGCAGACACGGAGCUCCUACGGGUCCGAGCGUCCGACCUGGACGAACGUGCGCGUUUGAGCUUCUCCAUCUACAGCAGCGUAGACCCGGCCAGUAUGAGGCUGUUCAGGGUCAACCCGGGUACCGGGGUGGUCUACACCGCAGACCGGCUGGACUAUGAAACCAGAACACAGCACAUCCUGACUAUCAUGGUCAAGGAUCAAGAAUUCCCAUUUAACCGCGACCUGGCUCGGAUCCUGGUGGCGGUGGAGGACUCCAAUGAUAACAUCCCAUACUUCACCAGCACGGCGUAUGAAGCAGUGACCUACGAGUCCUCCCCUGUCGGAACGUCUGUCCUUCAAGUGACAGCUUUGGACAAAGACAGUGGGAUUAAUGGGCUGCUAAUGUACACCAUAGAAUCAG